UCUCUCGUCUCAUGUAUCCUGUAAGUACUUGUCGAGGAAAACUCGUCACGUUUCUUUCUUGAGAAUUGAAAGUAAGUUAUUUCCGUCUGUUGAAGAAGAGCUGAGGAAUGUGUGUGUUUGUGUGUCUGUUAACGUUGGCUCUCUGCCUGUGUGUGUGUGUGUGUGUGUGUGUGUGUGUGUGUGUGUGUGUCACACCCACUAACGUCUCUCAGAGGAUCCGACGUCGGAGCAGAAGCAGACGGUUAAACGUCGGCCUGUCACACACUCCCAUGGGGAACGCUUGCAACAACUCCUCGGUUUCGCUGGCGGCCUGUUUCCAUGGCGACGAUGCCUUCAAGUACCGCGCCUACACCGUCACCUACCUGCUGCUGUUUCCCUUGGCGAUCCUCAGCAACAUCGGAGCGCUCGCCGUCUUCUUCCUGCUGGGCAGCCGGAGGAGCUCCCCCUCCUCCGUGGUCAUGAUGAACCUCGCCCUAUCAGACGGAAGCUUCUCCCUCACCCUCCCACUACGAUUGGCUUAUUACUUCAGGGGCGGAGUCUGGGACUUCCCUGAUUGGCUGUGCAGACUGUGCGUCUUCGGCUUCUACCUCAACUUGUACACAAGCAUCCUCUUCCUGACUCUACUGAGUGUGCUUCGUUGGUUUGCUGUCAAUCAUCCCCUCCAUCACCGCGCUGUGGUCACGCCCCUUCGAACCCUAUUGGUCUGUCUGGGAGUCUGGCUGUUUGUGGGCGUGUCCUCUGUCCCCUUCCUUACCGACGGGGUGACGAUCAGGAUGGAGAUUCCUCGUUGCUUCGAGCCGUCUAGCCCCUCCUCCUGGGGGCGUGUCCUGAUCCUCAACUACGUGGCGUUGGCUCUGGGCUUCCUGCUGCCGUUCCUCACCAUCAUCGUCUGCUACAGCCGCAUCGUCCUGCGCUUGGCGACCCGCUUCGGCGGAGGUGCUUCAGGCGGCGUCCGCCGUCGCACCGCCCAGCGCUCGUUGCGCCUUGUCGCCGCGGUGACGGCCACCUUCCUGCUCUGCUUCCUGCCCUACCACGUGAUCCGGACCCUGCACCUGCACGCCGUGUGCGGCGGUUGGGACUGCGGCGCCACGGUGACGCUGCAGCGCGCCGUGGUGGUGACGCUGUGUCUGGCGGCGUCCAACAGCGUGGUGAACCCGCUGCUGUACUACUACUCCACCAGGACCUUCAGGAACCACAUGAGGAACGCCCACUCCUCCCUACAGAGGAGGGGGUCCACGAGGCCCCCGCCCGGCCCUGGGCAGCAGGAGGAACUCCACCUGACCACGUUUUUACACAGGGACAGACUUUCCUCUAGAAACCAGUCUGUGAUGAGUCACCAAAAAGCUACAUGCUAACUGCCCAUGCUAACAACACGUUUGACCGCUAUGAACUGUGGGUAAUUGCCACAUUGAAUUAACGGGUCGGAAGAUUUGAUGGUUGUACUGUUUGACACAUCAUGGAUCUAAACUAGUCUUCAUAUAAGCUUUACAUGUAUUUAAUAAUUUUACUUAUUUAAAUGAAAUAAAUAUUUAUAGCUUCUGAAAACGUCA